CUGCUCUGGAAAGGUUCACCAGAAUUCCUAUAACAUCUCCAUUAACUCUGAUAACAUGAAGUAGCUCUAUGUGUCUUGUCCGAAAUUCGAAAUGCUUGGAUGAACUUUGCACGUUUCCGAAAAUUUGGUUUGUCUGUAUUUUCAUACAGACUAUUUAUUUGAGAACAUUUUAUAGUCUGCCUUUUAAUUGAACUCGUUUAUUAUUUAAAGGAGUCUUAGCACCAUUAACAUCCUGAGUACAUUUGGUGGUAGCGAAGAUACAAUAGCGGCAAAGCCAAAGAAGAUGCCAAACAUCAAAAUCUUUGGCGGCAGCUCGCAUCCUGAGCUUGCCAAAUUGAUUUGUGAACGACUUGGUAUCAGCUUGGGACGAUGUACUUUGAAGAAAUUUGCAAACAAAGAAACAAGGUGAAGUAUAGAAACUGUGAGAUGAAAUACCUUACUUUGUUUGUCUGAUUUUUUUAGGUUUUCCUUUAGUUUUCCUGUGAUAAAAUUUGGCGCGCUCUUGACAAAAUGGCGCGAGUCCCGAAUAUAGGGCGCGAGUCAUAAAACUCCUCUCAGGUUUUUGGUUUUUGUUUUCCUUUGGCUUCAGCCUUUUCCCCAGUGGCAUAACGGAGGAAGAGGGGGUCCUUUAUAGGCAUAUUUGGUGUGGGGGCCCUUGUUGACUAUUGUCAUUGUUUGACUGAGAUACCGUAAACCUCCAACUAUAAGUCCCCCCUCCCCGAUUAUAAGCCCCCCAUGUAUAAGCCCACCACAUGUACUAACGCUCACUGCAUUCCAAAUAUAAGCUCUCCCGAAUAUAAGCCACCCAGAAUAUAAGCCCCCCCCCGAAUAUAAGUCUGCUGAAUUAAUAUAAGCCCAGUAACGCUGCUUAAUACAUGUUUAUUUUCCUGUUUAUGACUGACUUGUUUAUGUCUGACUAGUUUAUUACUAACACGAAAGAUUGUCCAAUUGUAUAAGCCCCCUCUCAAAUAAGUCCUCCUUGUAUAAAAAUCACAUUUAAGUAUAUAAGCCCAGGGCUUAUAGUUGGAGGUUUACGGUAUUUAUAGAAUGUUCUGGAAAAUUCUGUGUCUAUAACCAUAACAAUAACAGUCUCCAACACAUACAUGUACAAACAACUAAAUAUAAGAAUAAGUUUUGUUUUAUUCAAGAUUGAAUAAAAAAAUCAGCUACUGUUGUCGAUGGAGGCUUUAUUAUUUAGCAUUAUUAAAUUUUCCCCAUUUAUUCUUAACCUGCAUUUUUUACAUUUUCUAACCUUCUGGGCGAUAAGCCAUGGCUGAUGGGGGCCCCUAACUGUUGGGAAUGAGCGUUAAGCCACCUCUUUCCCCCCAGGUUUGCAACGAGUUCAUAGUCAUACUCGUAGUAUAUAAUUCAAGAUGUUCACUGAAUUUUUAUUGAAAAAAGAUUUUUAUGUUGACAAGCUUUUGGCUACUAAACUGUGGCCUUCUAUAGGACUAAUGAAAAAAGGAAGCUUAUAUACAAAGAUAUGCUAAAAAUUGCACAGAUAAUUAAUAUGCAUAAAAUUGUCCAGUCAUGAUCUUUCAUUAUGGUAGCCAGCAUAAUUAAUAGUCAUAAAUGGUUCAGUUAUCAAAUUUCCUGAACCAGCCGAGACCGACCCUUGUGUAAAAAAAGUAAAAUAGUGGUUUUAUGCACAAACCCAUGACUUAAUUGGGGCAGAUUCUAGCCAUUAGAUGGCCAAGAUGCAUUUUGACUAAAUUGACUCUUUGUGGGGUCUGACUUAUGAGGUUUCUGAUUGAAGAAAACACUUUGCUCUCUCUCAUUGACUCAAUUUCUUUGACCCUCCUGACUUUAUUGUUGUGCAGGGUAUCAAAUUAGAUUGGUUAAAGUGUAUUAUUACGAAUGAGGGCACAAUUUCGUACAGUACGAGUCUUUUUAUCCCCUGUCACAGAAUAGGGUCUACAUUUACAAACAGUUUGAAGCCACAAUAAACAAUAGGAGAAUGACCAGGAGAGCUGCAAUCUUCAGAGGUUUGGUUUUUACAUACUUAUAUUUGUAUGCUUGUGAUGUUACUCUGUGUAUAUCCACACCGGCCAAGCUUGAAAAAUAUGCCUGGAAACGGUGGGAAUCGAACCUAGGACCUUUGGAAUACUAGCCCAAUGCUCUGCCAACUGAGCUACGUGGUCAGGUCGGUUCGAGUAUGUGAUAUUUCGGAACAGAAUCUAGUUCCUUCGGAACAAACAGAAUCUAGUCGUAGGUUCGAUUCUCGAAUCUUGCCAUUUCCAGGCAUAUUUUUCAAGCUUGGCCGGUGUGAAUAUACACUCAGAGUAACAUCACAAGCAUCAUAUUCACCUGAGUACAUUACACCAACACAGAAAAAUUAUUUGUAUUCUUAUACUUAUAGUGUAGUUGUGUAUCCCGCUUGGCAUAUUAACCCAUUCAAGUGCAAGACUCUCCCCUUGACAUGUAAAAUUGUCUGGUAUUACUGUAGAUAGAGCAAAACAAUACAGUGUGUUUGGCCGUGUUGUAGCUUGAUGGAAGGAAACCCAGAAGCAAGGACAUUUGCUGAACUAGAGAUUGUUUUUCAGAAGGAAUGGGAAUAAAUUCCCAGAAAAAUUGUCAAGAUCUUGGUUUAAUCAGUGCUAAACAAGCAAAGAAGCUCCUAAAAGCACUGGGAUUUCCAAUUCAUAUUGACAUAUACCCCAAAAUAUUUUUAAUAUUAGACAAUACAUUCUGUUUAAAGUAGCAUAAAUGGAAUCAUGCUAACCAGUUAUUAACCCAUUAAGCGCCAGCGGUCUCCCCUUGACAAGUAAAAUCAUCUGCCGUUAGACAGAGUGGUAAAAUAAUAAAGUGUGGCAUAUCAGGGUGCAAUGCGACUCAAUGUGUUAACUAUAGACACAUGCACAUGAGCAGAUAGACCAGUUAACCCGGGCCAUCAAGCGCCAGCGCUCUCCCAUUGAUGAGUAAAAUCGUCUGGCGUUAGACAGAGCGGUAAAAUAAUAAAGUGGGCCGCAUCAGGGCGCAAUGUGACUCAAUUGGUUAAAGUAAAUGCAUCUAUAGUUGAUUUUGUAGGCUAACAACUUAUUGGGAAAGUUGGUAACAGAAUUUUGCAAAAUAUUGAACUUUUUUUUAAACUCAGAUUAACUGCCUACAGUAUGUUUAGAAUUUGUUUCUAGUUGCAAUAUUUAUGGUCAAAAUAUAGAAUAAACCAAUAAACUAUAUUUGUAUUUGAAAAUGGCAUUCUCAAACCAAAACCAUAUUGGCAAAAUUUUCAAAAAUCACUCGUGCUGUUAAUCCUUAAUUGUGCUCUACAUCACAUGAUUACCUACAGUCUACUAAUUUAAUGUAUUGUUUGGUAAUGGCUUUGUAUCGUUUUCCAUAUCCUUAGUUGUUGAGUUCUGUGUGCUGUGAUUGCAGUGUUUUCCUUAGGGGCUGCUUAUAUGGAAGCCGGGCUGACCCUCUUAGACUUUAAAUAGCGAGGCAACCCGGUAAGCGGGAUGAAUUUCUCUUGUGUUUAUAUGAGAAAAUUUCAUCCCGCUUGCCGGGACAAUUUUGUUAUUUUGAUAUUGUGUUUUUACAGUAAGUUAAAAAUAGCUUGCGGCGGUAUCUUUGAACUUUGAUUGAAUCCCGGUGUUUAUAUGGAGAAUUUUCAUUCCACGCACGAUAACUUUUACUAUGAAAAUCAAGGGCGUCAAUCCAUCCCAAAAAGUGGGGGGGGGGGGCGGACUCCAAAUUAGGAAGGUCCGGUGGUAUGCUACCCGAAAUUUUUUUAAAUUUUGGUACACUGAAAUGGCAUUUCCAGCGUUUUGGAGGCACUUGUAAAGUUAUAGUACAGUGUGCAUGAUCUUAAUUAAAUCCAUUUUUAACCAUGUGAGAAAUUCGCUAAAAAACAAGGUUGUGCAAGUGUGAUGAAGCACAUCAAAGUUGUCAAUUAUAUUAGUUGUUAGUUAUUCAUUUGGUUUGAUUGCAAUGCUAUGUCUACAACUUUUAAUUGAAGUUAGGCGAGAAACUACAAAAAUGGAAUGUUUAGCCUUAAUAUUUUACUAUAUUUGAACUUUUGAAAAUGGUAAAAUAAAACUAUCUAGUCUUAAAUCUUAAUUUCCAUUACUCAUUUGCUCAAUAAUUGAUGUAUAAUAGUUUAAAAUAUAUUAUCAGUCCUUCAGUCCCUGUGCAUGAAUAUACAUAUAUAAUAUCUUCCACUUCGAAUAUAUAUAAUUAAGUUAAUAUGCAUGUUAAAGUGCCUAUGACACGAAAUUUCACCCCAAAGGUUUAUGGUUGCAUUGUAAAGAUCACUUAAAAUGACUUAAUAAUUUUUUUUAUAGAAUUUUGGUAACUUGCUCCCUUUUCAAGAUAUUCAACUUUGUUUCAUAUGCAAAUAUCACCGGUGUGACAUCACAUCACAUAAUGAGUUUUCAGAAAAGUAUAGUUUUCUUGACGAAUACGUAUCUAAAAAACUUUAAAAAAAUUGCCCUUGUAUAUGUAUUAAUUUCAUAACUGGUAAUUAACCCUCUGUAUUUGUUUGUAAAAGUAUUUUAUCAAGGUAAAAUAUUGCGUUUUCAAAAUGUCAUUAUGCGAUGUGAUGUCACACCGGUCAUAUUUGCAUAUGAAACAAAGUUGAAUAUCUUACAAAGGAAGCAAGUUACCAAAAUUCUAUAAAAGAAAUUAUUAAGUCAUUUUAAGUGUUCUUUACAAUGCAAUCAUAAACAUUUGGGGUGAAAUUUCGUGUUAUAGGCACUUUAAUGUUUUAUUUUAUCGACCUGAAAAAAUCAUGAUUACUAGAUUACAUUGAUAUCGAAAGAACUAGAUUCUUUUCCGAAAUAUCACAUACUCGAAAUAUCACAUACCCGACCUGACUGCGUAGCCCAGUUGGCAGAGCAUUGGGCUAGUAUUCCAAUUCCAAAGGUCGUAGGUUCGAUUCUCACUGUGGCCAGGCAUAUAUUUUUCAAGCUUGCCCGGUGUGGAUAUACACUUAGAGACAGAGUAACAUCACAAGCAUCAUAUUCACCUGAGUACAUUUUACACCAACACAGAAAAAAUGUAAGGGGUCUUAAUUAAAAAGCCUAUUAGGUUUCUAGAAGGCCCCUAGCCUAUCCAAAAUAGAAAAACAAAAUGUAAAUAAAUUCUAAAUACUUUUUACGGGCGUAAUAAUAAGAAACAAAAACAAGCAAAACGAAUUAUUGUCUCAUUCAGUGCAGCUUGCCAGUUAGAACAGGAAGUGAAUACGACAAAUAGUGCCUUUAUGUAAAUGUUUAUAAAAUUACAACACAUGUACAAAUUUGAAUUCAAUUUGAGUAUUUUUUAGUAUUCACAUAACAUAUGCGAUCUCAGUAUUUGCUCCCAGUGGCUACAGCGUUCCAACCACAAGUCUGGAUGAAUAGCACACCAGGGAUUAGGUUUUUGGAUUACCAAGAAACAAAAUUUCAUUAAACAUGUUAAAAAGUUGGGGGGGGGGGGAUAAUUAGAUAUUCGUCCCCCCCCCCAGGAUUGACGCCCAUGAUGAAAAUAACUACACAGUGAAAUAUUGGCAAUUGCUUACCGGGCUGUCUCGCUGAGCGGGCCAGUCCGGCUUCCUUAUAAACAGCCCCUAAGUCUAUGAUUUCCCUUGACCUUGUCAAUAAUUUUUCCUUUCUUAAUGUCAGUUCUAAUUAUUAUAUGUCCAUUUUUCCAUGACGACCAUGCAUGUGAUGCUGUGUUGGACAUUCCUCACGUGUUCUUUCUUGCUUGUUUCAAAUGUUCUUCCCGUUUCUCUUAUAUAUACGAUCAGGUACAGUCUCCGCAUGGAAUCUUGUAAAUUACGUUUGUCAAGUUCGACUCUGUGUUUUGUUGAAGGGAAGUGUCGUUGUAAUGUUCGUAGUGGUUUAGACUUUACCGCUACUGUAUAUCAGUAUAUCAUGCUGUCGUAGGGUUCCCUGUACUCUGUUAUGCCUUCAAUAUAAGGUAAAGUUACGUAGCUUUGGUAAGUUGAUGGAUCGACCAUCUCGAAAAACAUGCCCACCAAUUCUUCAGGUGAUGGAGUUGAGUGUGUUGGUCAAAGUCAGCGCGCUUGGUCAAGGUAUUUGUCUGUACAUGCGUUAGUUUUCUGUAUAGGCAUUAAUGUUGCGUUUUCCUCCUUUUUGUGUAAAGGCCCAUUUCCACUGAAAAAUUUCCGAAAAUAUCAUUGUUAAGAGUUGAAAAUUUUCAACUUCAAAAUUUUUUUCUGACGGAAAAUUUGUGUAGGCCAAUCACAUUUUACAAAAUUUUCUUUCUGCGGAAAAUUUUCCUGAGUAUGCUUGAGUCCAUUGAGUUCUGUCGUUUUCGUGUUUCACUUUGAUAAGUAUAAUCGCAUGCUUUCCGGACUGGUAUCGCAGUAAACAAGGAGAUCAGAGAAACAAGGAGAAGAGGUUCGAUAAAACACCACAAGCCAGACAAUUUUAAGCCUUUACGGCCCGUAAUUACAAACAGUGACUCAGCCAUGUAUAAUAAGUCAAAGUUCCUUUGAAAAUUUGAAGUAGUCCGUAAAACAAAUAACAUGGGAUUUGACGGACAGGUGCAUGCAAACACACGGAUGAAUGUGUCAUGCAUGGUGAGCCAUGUUAGCCCGGUCUUUGCAAAUCCCUGCAUGGAAAGAGUUAUUAAAGAAAUGGCCAUCGAGAUAACACCUCUAUAUCCCAAGACCUGGAAACGCUUCGUUGACGGAGAGAAAGACCUAGGCUAAAGGAAAACUGAAAAUGAACCUGCGAAAAGUUUACUCCCGCCCUAGCUUUAGUCACAAGUCGCGCCAAUUUUACGAGUUGCGGCAAUUUUUCACGAGUUGCGGCAAUUUUUCACGUUGCGCCAAUUUUUCACGAGUCCCACCAUUUUGUCACGUGUUACACCGAUUUUGUCGCAACUCAUGCCAUUUUGUCGCAGGUUGCAAAGCGGGCAAUACAUUUUGAGCAAUGUGGCAACUGAGCAUGCAAGGUUUCAUUCUUGACUUGUGCCAGGGCUCAAAAUACCGGCCGAUCAACCUUCCAGUGCCUUCCAAUGUGAUUGCUGACGUCUUGAACUAAAACAUGAAACUAUGAUGUAUCGAAACAAGUUUCUAAUAUAGUUUGUUUCACUGUUAGUGUAAGCGUAUCAAUGACCGGUCAAAAACAAAUUUUGACCGAGCUAAAAUCAAGUUGACCGGAGACCUAUCUCCCGUUAUUUUGAGCCCUGUGUGCUACCAUCGCUUAGACCCCCAGCCUAUCAAGGAACUUUGAUAGAAGACAUCAGUGUUGGGCCUUUUCCACGUGCAUGCGUAAGUUCCAUUGAUCGGAACAUUCCAUUAUCCUUUCAUUGUUUUGAAAAUCCCACUUAUUGUGCUGACUUAUUUGUGACUUUAUGCAAAGUUGCAAUUGCUGCGUAAUGACAGCUGUCUCAAUGACUUCAAAUAUUUUUAGUGUUGAAGUUGGUGAGUCUGUCCGUGGAGAAGAUGUGUUCAUAAUUCAAAGUGGUUGUGGAGAUAUCAAUGAUAAUUUAAUGGAACUCCUGAUUUUGAUAAAUGCAUGCAAAAUAGCAUCAGCUGAAAGAGUCACAGCAGUCAUCCCUUGUUUUCCUUAUGCACGGCAAGAUAAGAAAGACAAGGUAUUUGUAUUUGAUUUAGCUGAUUUUUAAACUUGGACAAUUAGCCAGAUGGUUUGUUUUAAUUUUUGUAAGGACAAUUAGUUACCCAUGAGGGUUUGUUUUCGGACUGUACUCUUGCAAUUUAGGUUUUUUAGAAAGCUAAAAUUGCUUUAAUUUUGGAGUUCAGUGUAUGGAUGGUGAAAAUUAUAUCCACUUGUCACAAAUUAGCCUUUCUCACGCCGCCAAUUUUGGGUGGCAUUUCAGCCGAGGUCUGCGAGAUAAGUCAACAUAACUGCGACUUUUUAUAAUUUUUUGGACAAAUUAUGGUAAGUUUGCUUUAUAAAUGGUUAGUUUAUUUUGAAAUAAUGCUUUUCACAUUGUUUUAAUUGUCUGAAAUGGUUAACGAGAAUUGGAUGCCACCCAAAAAUGGCGGAUAUUCGUCAUCGUGAGCAGUCCUAAACAGACCUGAAAAACUAUGUUUACCAUGAUUGCUUGUACAUUUAUAUUAUUGCAGUCAUUAUGCUAUAUAAUAUUAAUUAAUAUAUUUACUGGGGUAUAAUAAUGUAUUUUUUUCAAUAUAGAGCAGAGCACCUAUAUCAGCGAAGCUUGUUGCCAAUAUGCUCUCUGUUGCUGGUGCUGAUCACAUCAUAACAAUGGACCUUCAUGCGUCCCAAAUUCAGGUACGAUUCCACAGUUGUUGUUGAACCUCACAGUCUCUCAUUUCUAAAGUACAGACAGCAGUUUUUCCUUGAAGCGUUGUACGAGCCCGCGCUAUUUAAGAAAGUAAACAAUUUCAUGUCAUAAUUUUCGUUCAAAGCUGCUGCCAACAAAAUUAAAUCCUGAGUUCAAAAGCGAAUUUCAAAAUAAACGUGAUUUAAGGUUACAGAACACCUUUGAGUGUUAAUUUUGCCUAACAUUUUUUUAUUGGUUUCAAUGAAAGCACUAGACUAGUUCUACUAUCUGACCAAGUUUGAACGAAAAAUGUUGAAAACUCGCAGAGUUAUUUAGUAAAAUACAUUUCGCUGCAAUAAGAAAAACAUUGAAAAUGUAAUAUUCAAAUUCAAUUUUCUCCCGAAAAAUUUUACGGUAAUUACUGAUUUUCAAACGAGUUAUGCUCCUGCGGAUUUUAACCAAUUUUUCUCAAAUUUUCACAGGACAUAGCUAAAUACGUCAGUUUCAAAAUUGUGUUCGGCUUUUGUUUAAUUUUGGAUAUUUUAAAAAUAAAGAGCAAUUCACUCAAACAAUUCAGAAAUAUAUUGCAGUCAUCAAAGAAAUCGCCAUAUCAGCGGAAUGACGAAAUAAACAAAAAUUUCCGAACACAAUUUUUUAGAACAACUAUUUUACUGUAUAAAAAUGAUAUUUUCAUAAAUAUAACUUAAAACCAGCAGGAGCACAACUCAAAAGCGUAAAGGUACCGCGAUUUAAGAUGUUCCUGAAUAACUCUUACAUUAUUUUAUUGUUUGUUAAUUUUAGAACUUUACCAUAUUUUGCAUGCACUGGAGAACAUUUGGUGAAAAUGUGAUGAAAAUCGGACUGAUAUUGAGCGCGCAGUAGCGAUUUUCCGCAAAACGCCAAAAAGGGUGUCCUGUAACCUUAAUGCAGACAUUCCAACUCUCCCGAUUUUACCGGGAGUCUCCCGAAAAUUCAUGCAAUCUCCUGGUCUCCCGAUUUUUAUCAAAUUCUCCUGAUUUUUCAGAAUAUUCAGGAAAUAUCGUUGAAAAAUCAUAAACAUACUGUUUUUAGCAACAUAAUAGACUUUCUUGACCUUUUUAUGAAGUUACUUCAUGGCAAUUUAUAGGAUCACUUAAACAACAUAUUCCCAAAAUGCAGGAAACGCCAUUUCACUAGUCUUCUGAAAUCAUUUCAGAAGACUUAAUUUUUAUUAUUUUUUUCCCAGAAGAACUAGAUUUCAAUUCACUGAACAGUCUCCCUACAUUUUACCUCCAGUAGUUGGAAUGUCUGUUUGAUGGCAAUGGCGCUCGAAGAUGAGUGCGCGGUGACAUACAGUACUGCGCAAAUACCUGUCAAGUUUUCCUUGACAGCCGUGCAUACGAUCAAUCUUCCUUUUUGAAAAGAUGACGUGAUGUGACUUGACUUGUCAAGGAAAAACUUGUCAAUUUUUGCCGUGCACACAAACAAAUAAAAGUUGUCAAGGACAUGCUUGUUUGCAUGUACGGGGCUUAAAAAUAUAUAAAGUUUCUAGUGGUACAAGUUCUGUUUUAGUAUUUAUUGUACAGUUCUGUUUUAGUAUUUAUUGUACAGUUCUGUUUUAGUAUUUAUUGUACAGUUCUGUUUUAGUAUUUAUUUUACAGUUCUGUUUUAGUAUUUAUCGUACAGUUCUGUUUUAGUAUUUAUUGUACAGUUCUGUUUUAGUAUUUAGUCGCACUUAACUGCACGAUGCAACAAGUGCAAAAAAGCAAAUACAAACGGCCAUAGUGACACGGACAGAAAGCUUAUAAUUUCUUGUAACAACAAAAUAUUGUUUUGCCUGGGAAAACAUAUAUUUAAUCAUACUAAAGACAAUUGAAACACUUUGGUAUUUCACGGUGUUCCAAUGUAAUAAAGACAUUGGACUAAUCUCACUGUCAACUGUUUACCAUGGCAUCAGGGGCCUCAUAUGUUAUCAUUUGUUGAUCGCGUGUAUUGUGAGUGAAAAACAUUUUCCUGUUUGGGGUUUUAAAACCUAUGUGUCUAAUGUACUGUCUGAUGUGUGAGAUUAACAGAAUAUUUUAAUUCCUACGCUAGGGCUUCUUUGAUAUACCAGUUGACAAUUUAUAUGCUGAACCAGCCGUACUUAAGUGGAUAAAGGAAAAUGUAAAUAACUGGAAUGAGUCUGUUAUUGUGUCUCCAGAUGCUGGUGGUGCCAAAAGGUUGGUUAUAGUGAACCAAUGAUACAGUAAGCUCUGUAUGUACAGUAACUGGAACUGAUACAGUAUGUUGACCUUUUGGAAAUGUAAACAUUGAUGUGAUUUUAAUCUUUACAGAGUGACCUCUAUUGCUGACCGAUUAAAUGUAGAAUUUGCAUUGAUUCAUAAAGAGGUAAGUCAAUACUCAUCCAGAAAUUAGAUCUAUCGUGGGUUUAGAACCUCAUCUUCCUGAUUACUGUAAAUAAAGAGCAUCACCAAUGAAAUGUUUAUUAAGUUAUGUUACAGGUUCACAUUUUGGAUAGUUGUUGAUGACUAUAUAUUUUUGAUGACUAUAUAUGACUAUACAUUUUGGAUAUUUGUUGAUGACUGGAUAUUUUUUGAUAGGCUUAUACAUGGGGGGAGGGGUGGCUUAUACAUGUGGUGGGGGCUUAUAUAUACGGACGACAUUUGAUGUUAGUAAUGUUUGGAUUUUCUGUAACUGUAAACCUACAGUAUAUAAUAACUACAGUGUAUGUAAGGAAUAUAGAUAUACAGUAUAUAACACAUAAUAAAACAAGUUGGUUAACAUGUUAUACUGUACUGUAAUACUGCAAUAUAAUUAUCGUCACUCGUCUGAGCUGUUGGAAUCCCCGUCGAUGCCUUAAUAAAUACUUGUCCAAUAAUAAGCCCAUGGGCUUACACACGGAGGGGCUUAUAUUCGGGGGGCUUAUAUUCGGAAUGGCUUGAGCGUUAGUGAAUAUGGUGGACUUAUACACGAGGGACUUACAGCAUAUUCGGAGGUUUACGGUAUUUUACACCAAUGUCGAACGAUUUUUCUGGUCGAAAAAAUAGUGAUAGCAAAUUUUAAGUAAUCGUUUAUCCCAUGUAUAUUUACAGUAAAUAACAUGUUUAGAAAUUUGUCAAUAUUGAAUUUCCAGAAUGUGCAAGAUGUAAAUGUUCACAUGAUUCAUACAUGGAGUUAUGAACUCAAGUUAAGAUAUAUUGUUGUACACUCCAAUUCCAUUACUGUAGAGAAAGAAAGCGAAUGAGGUUGCAAGUAUGGUGUUGGUUGGUGAUGUCAAAAAUAAAAUUGCUAUCUUGGUUGACGACAUGGCAGAUACGUGUGGAACACUUGGAUUGGCAUGUCAGAAGUAUGUUUUUUUUUACGCACUAUACUGUAUGCAAAAGUGUACUUUGGGCAUUGAUGUUACUCUCGAUUGACUUCCAAUGUUUGUUUGUAAAUGUUGAAUGUUCAUUGUAAAGUUUCGAAGUCCGUUUCGAAGUUCGUUCCGAUGAUCAAGCUUUGUUAAGUUGUAAUUGGCUAGUUAAAUAAGCCAGCCAAUCAAAUUGCUUACUAUUGAAUCAUCGUAAAUCAUCGUAACGAAUUUCGAAACGAAUUUUGGUACAAAGUAACAAAUAUUCAACGUCAUAUUUCAAAAGAAAAUUGAAAUCGAGAGUAAGCACUCUAACUUUCAUGGCCGCCGAGAGGGGAGGGCGGGGGCAUUUUGCCCCGGGCCCCCAGCUUAGAAGGGGCCCCCGAAUUUCUUCACACGCAAGAUUGUUUAAAUUAACUGAGAAUAUAAAUCCUAGCUGCGUCAGUGCCUGAUAAUACAGUAUGUGUACUGUAACUUGUGUAAAACACCGCUUCUCCCGUUUUACAAUUGUGAUGUCAUGGGGCCUCUCGGAAAAUUUUAUGACGUCAUAGGGCCUCUGGGAAGAUUUUAUAACGUCAUAAGGGCCCCCCUGCGAAAGUUUUGCCUCGUGCCCCGCACAACCUCGUGGUAAGAUUGAUGUAGUGUGUAGUUAUAUAUGAGUAUAUAUGUAUUAUAAUGAUUUCAAUUGGGUCCUCCAAACGUCCAAGUAACUAGAAAUGUACUCGUACAAUCAUUAUUGACUAAUUAUACCAAUUGCCAACAGUGCUUUUUACAUGUGCUUUUUAGGUGAGAUACCGCAUGAAACAAUAAUCUUAAUAAUAAUAAUAAUAAAGACAAAAUAUGAAAGCAAAUGCUUUGCACGUGUGCCUGUUUUAAGUAUUCUCGUGCAAAGCAACUUUCAAAUGUAAUACUGUAAUAAGUGCGAUCUUAACUCUAAAUUAUGAACACGUUUGGUAAAACUACUGUAGGUUCAUGGGCAGGUAUUUACAGCAUCAAUGAGCCUUGAGCCAUAAUGCAGGUAUUUCAUUCCCUGUCAUAUCUUUACGAUAUACGUCAGCAGGUGCAUGUAAAUGUAAAUGUAAAGAGUAAGAGUAAAGUUCAAAGGUAUUGUAUGGUUUAUAUUUAUUUUCAGAUUGAAGGAUGCUGGUGCUAAACAGAUAUUUGCAAUCUUAACGCAUGGUAUUUUAUCUGGACCAGCUUUAAGUAGAAUUGACGCCACCGAUAUCGAGGCUGUUGUCGUUACAAAUACUAUCCCACAAGACGAGAAAAUGAGGUUAUGUUCACGGCUUAAGGUGAGCCCUCUUAUUAUGCCUGUCAUGCAAACAUAUUCAAAGUGCUUAUGCAACGAAAUUUCGCACCAUUUUCUUUUUUGUAUUGUAAAGAAUAUAUAUUACAUGUCAACAAAUUUGAGUUAUCUACAGUAUAAGAAACAUUGAAAGAACUACUGUAGUGAUUUUGAAUUUUCUUUAUAAUGCAAUCAUGAAAAAUUGGUGUGAUAUCUCGUUGCAUAAACACUUUAAUUAAUAUUUGUUUGUUUUAUCCUGUGAAAUACUGUCCGAUAUAUAUGCCCAUGCAUGUUCAUAACUUCACGAGGGAAUUAUACUCUUCAUACCGCAUGAGUAUUUAAUUUAUUUCUCCCUUUGAGUGCUGGCAGGGUACGAACGGGACUCUAGAAUUUGGACCCAUGCAAGGCACCGGCCAGCAAAGUUGCAAAUUAUAAAAAAAAUUAAUAUUAAUAUAUAUGUUACCAAAAUUACUAUGAAGGAGUGGAUGAGAGAGAAGAAAGAAAUGAAGGAGGUGUACAAAGAGAGAAAGAAUGAGAGACGUGUCGACAAACACACUCACGGACGGACGGACGGACGGACGGACGGACAGACAGACAGACAGACAGACAGACAGACAGACAGACAGACAGACAGACAGACAGACAGACAGACAGACAGACAGACAGACAGACAGACAGACAGACAGACAGACAGACAGACAGACAGACAGACAGACAGACAGACAGACAGACGCACACAAACUUAAGUCCUAUGGCAGGGACAGUCCCGUACCAAGGACCAGGUACAGGCUAAUUCAACAUCGUAGAUUGUGUGAACAAGAUGAGAGUGUUAUGUUAAGGUUAAUAUAACCGUGCAACGCUUUGAAGAAGAAAACAAGGUCCUUGAUUUCCCUGUCGUAACAAAGAGGUAAAAGUCCUAAUGCCAACAUUCGUUGUGUGUAAGACAUCUCGCCAGUCUUGGUUUUUAAAAUCCACCCAGUGGCUCUCCUUUGAACACUCUCAAUCUUUUCACUCAGUUUUCUGUUGCGAAAUGGAGACCAUACUUGGGUUGCGCAACAUAACUGCGAUUUUACGAUGGAAAGGUAAAGAGGCCUGACUUUGGUAUCCGUUAAAGAUGGACAAGUUCGUUUGAGCAAACCAAGCAAUUUGUUGGCUUUGGACGUUAUUUCAUUCACAUGCGAGUCCCACAAUAGUUUACUAGAUAGGGUGACUCCGAGAGUUUUCUUGCGCGUGACGGAUAAAACUUUGCAUUUUGAUGCGUUCAAUGUGAUGUUGUUGUCACUACUCCAAACAUCUAGGUUGGUUAGAGCUUGCUGCAGCUGGUCACUAUCACUAACCGAUGUUAUUGUUCUAUAAACCUUUGUGUCAUCUGCGAAUAAGGCCGACGUUGUUCCAUUCUCUACCACCUUGGGAACAUCAUUAAUGAAGAUGACAAACAGCAUUGGUCCUAGGAUACUACCUUGAGGUACUCCAGACGUAACAGGUGUCCAUUGUGAUGCGACGCCAUCUACUACAACUCUUUGUCGACGGUUAUUUAAAUAAUCAGAGAACCAAUCAAGAAGUCUACCUGACACUCCAUAGGCUUUAAGUUUUCUGAGAAGAAUAGAGUGAUCCACAGAGUCGAAAGCUUUAGCAAAGUCAAGGUAAAGAAUAUCAGUUUGCGUGUUCUUAUCAAGUUUUUGUCCAAUAGAAUGAAGUGACGAGAGAAGCUGUGUAACACAAGACCGGUUUCAAGAAAUCCAUGUUGAUGAGGAGAAAUGAGAUGCAGGACAUGCUGAUAAAGUCUGCUAUACACGCAGCGUUCCAAGACUUUGCUAAUAAUGCUUGUACUGAUUUCGGCAGCGAUGAACUUGGUUUUACGGUUACGGAGCUGGAGGUUUUUAUGAAAUUGUCAAAAGUGAAUCCAGCCAAGGCCAAUGGUCCAGAUGGGAUACCCAGCUGGGUUCUGAAGGGAAAUGCUGAUCUACUGGCCGAUCCUGUAAAAGAGAUUUUGAAUCUUUCGUAUAGAGAUAGCUAUCUUCCGCAGUCUUGGAAAGAAGCGGAUAUUAUCCCUCUUCCAAAGCAGAAACCUGUAAAAGACGUGAAUAAGCACCUACGCCCCAUUUCAUUGACAUAUGUUGUAUCAAAGGUUUAACGUUUCUAUUAGUAGGACGAAUAGAUUUAAAAAUAGUUUUAUACAACAUAAUUCUACAAUGUAUUUUAGAUAAAGUAAAUAUUUAUUGUAAAGUUAGAAACGUAAUUCAACCCGUGGUUGUAAUGUUUUUAAUUAAUUAAUUAAUUAAUUAAUUAAUUAAUUAAUUAAUUAAUUAAUUAAUUAAACUAUCUAUCUAUCUAUCUAAUGAUGGGGAGGAGUGAGAUUGGGCGAUAAUUUUCCGCCGGUUCUUUCUAUUUCGUCUUGUGUAUGGGCGUAGCAUUUGCUGAUUUCCACUCCGAAGGAACUCUACCGGAUACUAGUGAAUGAUUGAAGACAUCACAGAGGCUUGAUGCGAUUUGUUGGUGACAUUCAUUCAGGAGUCUAGAAGGGAUGCCAUCAGGGCCACUUGCUUUUGACGUAUCCAAACCGUUGAAACAUUACGAAAUUUCGUUCACGUUGAUGGUAACAUCAGAUAAUGCCUGAUCAGUUCUCAGUGGAAUGGGGUUAUUAGCAUCAGCUAAAUGGGUGUUAGAUCGUGAGGGUGUGAAAACAGAAGAAAAAUACACGUUGAAAAGUUCGGCUUUGUGGGCAGCAGUCUUUGCCGUGACACCUUUGAAAGAAAUUUCUGCAUUUGAACUAACAAGAUGAUGGAGUAUGGAUUUGUGAUAACUCCAGAAUAGUUUUGGGUUAUCUUGAAAUGAAUCUUUGAUUUUGGCAAGAUAUUCACGGUAUUUUCGUCUAAAUAAAUAUUUGAUGGUUUGACUCAAUGUUCGUAGUUUAUGUUUACGAGCGGCAGACUUGGAUUGUCGAAAUUUCUUCAAUGCUGUGUAUUUCUUUCGGAUGAAAUGUCGUACUUCUCCGUCAAUCCAAGGUGGUGAGUUAGUGUCCGUAACAAAUUUCACUGGAAUGAAAUUAUUAACAUGCAUCAGAAACCAUUCCUUCUAAAGAGACCAGUGCUCGUCAUUGUUUUUUAGAAAUGUACCAUCAAAUGGUGUGUUAGAUAGAGACUUAGGUAGAUCUUCAAAAUUUCCGCGCCUGUAAUCGAACACUGUCCGUCUAAUAGAUUUAGCCCGAGAGAUCAGUUUUUGAAUCGUAAAUACUAAGAUAUGAUGGUCAGUUGGGAAACCAGAUUGUUCGGGAGCAGACGUUGAUACACCUCUAAUGAUUUCAGGACGGUUGCACAAAAGUAGGUCAAGUUUAUUACCACCGCGAUGCGUCGGAUCAGGAAUUAAUUGUUCCAGAAAAUAAUUGGCAAAUAGUUCGCAAAACUUGUCUUCCAGAUGUCCUCCGCCAUUGGAGGGACUUGGUUGAUCAAAUGACCAGUCAAUUGCAGGGAGAUUAGAGUCACCAACUAGAAGAACACAGCUGGAUUCAGGGAUAUUUGCAAGGGAUGAACUCAGUUGUUGUAUAUCAACCAAAGGAGAACCUGGAGGGCGAUAGUAGGUAUACAAAAUGAUGGACUGAUUAUUAGGUUGGGAAAGUUCAACGACGACAAGUUCAAUGCUAUUGUCUUCAAGAUCAAAUCGAUGUUUCACGCUAAUAGUGUCCUUUACAGCAACUAGAACGCCACCACCAUUUCUCCUCACCCUAUCGUUACGGAAGAUGGAAUAUCCCUUCAACAACUCGCUGUCAAGGACCGAAUCACUGAGCCAGGUUGCACAUACACUAACAAUGUCGUAAUCACCACUGUAGACCAAUUGCUGAAAAUAGGUAAUUUUGCAAACUUUAGAUGAUCGUUGUCAUCCAUGUUGUUAACAUGAUGUCAGCAUUAUUAGGGCAUAAGAUAUACAAAACAGACAAAUUGAUGAAGAAUGAAAUGAAUGAAAACCAAAGUUUGACCAAAGUGCACGAAACCUGGGGCUUGCUCUCAGCUUUUCUUUGAGCACAUGGGCACAAGAGAACAAUUUUCCACAAUUAUCCAUUACCCCCAGAUAUGUUUGAUUGUUUGAAAAAUGAAAACCAGUGUUGAGGUCCUAUUAUGAUCACAAAUGCACUGUACUGUUUUUAUAUUACUCUUGCCUCAAUGGCUGCGUUUUCAUGCGGUUAUUUCCUCCUGUUUCCUGUGCAGUUGGUGUAAGGAUAGGCUUGUGAUUGCGAUCAAGAUCAGAUAAUUAUUUGCUUGUUACUGUAGUUAUGUAUUUUGUAUAGUUGUCAAUAUUUUUUUAAUUUAUACUGUAUGUACAGUAAGAGGUCUGUUGCUAAUAUCAAAGUUAAUUUUAUUGCAGGUAAUCGACAUAUCCAUGAUCCUCGGUGAAGCCAUACGAAGAACUCAUAAUGGGGAAUCUGUGUCAUAUUUGUUUAACCAUGUGCCUUUGUAAAUUUAGACAAUAUAUUGACAGAGAUUGGACACAUGUACAUGAGUACAGUAGAUAACAGAGUAGAUGAUGACACCAGUAACUAUAUUUAAUUAUUUAUAGCUACUGUAUAGAUCCUUAUCAAAUCAGCAGUACUAUAAUAUUCUGUAAUAAACUAUAUAUUUUACUACGCUAAACAGGAGAUUCCUGAAAUUAUAACAUCUUUGCAUGGGAAUGCAGCUCUACAAAAUUUGAAUCCCUAAACUUGCAAAAUAAGUGUCCACUACGAUAAUAAACUUUUGGGGCCAGUUUGUGAAUGAACGCCGGAUAGUGUAUCCACUGGAUAGUGAUUUUUUUCAAGCUUUUCUAAAAUUGUCGGUUGAUGGGUAUAACCAAGAUUAAACUUUAGUAUUUAUGAAUUAUAGUCUAUUUUAUUAAUUGAGAGAUCCAUACCCGUUGUUUUAUACAUUUUUAAGCAUUUUUACGGAAAAAAUCGCUAUCCGGUCCCUGGUGUAAAAUACGACUGUUCCAAUUUACGGGUACUGCAUGAUAACGUUAUUUUGUCCAUUAAUUUUCAUGUUGUCCGCAUAUUUCAUCGUAGUUUUUAUGCCCUUUCACCGUAGAUUACAAUACUGAUGAAUUAUAAGAGAAGGGGAAAAUUACGCUGUAUGUUUGUGUUUAACUAUACAGUGUGUAACAAAGAGGAGACAUGAUAGCGUAUUGUAUUAAAGAAUUGUAUGGAAAGAACUGGUCACAGACGUCUGGCGUCUCUACACUCCUACCAACAUCCAAGUGAAAAGUCGAGAGAAAUGGUGUCAGACAUAAUUACAGGGACUAACAAGACUGAUGAAUAGAUGUAAACUGAAAAGCUGAAAAGGAUGCCUUGCAAACAACAGGAGAGUAACGACAGCGAAGAUAAUGUAGAUAAAGCUAAGUCAUCAAAGCGAAUACGUGUUUUUAACUUUUCAAACUACAAAGAUGUGAUUGAUAAGAUUUAUUGUUAGACGUUGUGUG